AUGCGUCGGGGGGUUUCAACUCAGUCAGCUCUGCGCCUGCUCGGAUUGUCACAGCACGAAAUCGCUCGUUUGACUAUAGCAGACCUUAGACGGGCCUACUUUGUCGCGGCGAAAAAGUGCCAUCCUGAUACGAAAGCCAGCGCGGACGACAACGAUAACGACUCGGACAGUAACAUACACGACGAAUUUCUGCAGCUUACGACUGCCUACGAAGUCUUGCACGCUCACGUCACGAACAAUCCUCUCGACGAAUCCUUGGCUAUUACCGAAGACGAAGAAAUUGAAUUCCGGACCGCUUGUCAGCAACAGCUUGGAAUAUCGGCCGAAAUUGUGGAAGAAUGCAAGCGGACUCCAGCCUUUCGCCGUUGGCUAAGUGGCCGAACGGAUGCGGCGUUUCACUGGCGCAACUUUUUUCUGUCAAACGGUGGACUGGCGCCCAAGCUCAAAAUUAUUGCCGGAGCCUUGUCCAUGCCCGACGGACAAGAAAUUCAGGUCGGCCGGCGAAAACGACCGCCACGACGAAGGUAA